AUGUGUCUAAUACUUUCUCUGAAAGUGAAGGCAUCGGAUUCGUGUAUGCAACUUCCAAGAAAGAACUUGCGACGACACAAGAUACUCUUUGCCCACAUAAUACUUUCUGCUCUUUGCCUGAAUCGUUCUUUGCUCUCGGUGUUCGACAGUCUAGCGAAGUCCGCGUGGAAAAUGUCUACCCACAAGAAGAAGACCAGGAAGUUGAGAGGACAUGUGAGCCACGGUCAUGGCCGUGUUGGAAAGCACAGGAAGCAUCCUGGAGGUCGUGGUAAUGCUGGCGGUAUGCAUCACCAUAGGAUAAACUUUGACAAAUACCAUCCAGGGUACUUCGGAAAGUUGGGUAUGAGGAAUUACCAUAUUCGUCGCAAUACUAAAUGGUGCCCGACGUUAAACUUGGAUAAGUUGUGGACUCUGGUCUCUGAAAAGCAAAGAUUAAAAUACAAAGCAGACCCUGAUGGCAAAGCCCCUGUCAUAGAUGUUGUGAGAGCUGGUUAUUACAAGGUUCUGGGAAAAGGUGUUCUUCCCAAGCAGCCUGUCAUUGUGAAAGCAAAAUUCUUCUCAAAGCGUGCUGAAGAAAAGAUUAAGAGUGUGGGUGGAGAAGAGAAAAUGGAAAAAAACAAUGAAUACUGGAAAAAUUGUGUCAACUGGCUUGUGAGAUGUGAAGUUUUAAGGCCAGACCACCAAACGCUGCAAAAUGGAGCACAUGUAGAAGAUUUGGCAUAUACAUUGAGAGAUGGUGUACUUUUAUGCUGUCUGAUUAAUAUUUUGGAACCGGACUGCAUUGAGAUGCAAAACGUCAAUUUGAAUCCACAGACAACAAGAUGUUUGUGCCUUCAGAAUAUUGAUAUAUUUUUAAAAGCCUGUCAUGAUAUUUUUGCCAUGAGGACUCAAGAUCUGUUUGAAUCUUCAAUGCUCUUUGACUUGACAGGGUUUCAUCAAGUACUUGUCACAUUGUCAAUACUUUCUAAUACUCCUAAAGCACGUGAAAGGACAUCUUAUGGGUUCAACAUUCCUCAACCUGAUGCAUUCAAUAAGUUGAAAAUAGGAGAAGUUGACAUUAGGCGUUCUAUUGAGUUAAGUGAAAAUGCAUCUCUAAGUACACAAAGGGAAUCUAUUCGCCAAGAUGCAAUAUAUGAAAAGCUUGUUACUGUGAAGCAAGAGAAGUCAGCACUUGUAAACAAAAAAAAAGAAAAAAGAGAUUUUAUUAUUGAAGAAAUUAUUUCAAAUGAAAAAUCCUAUCUUCAAGGUGUUUUGAAAACAGUUUUGGAAUCAUAUAUGAAGCCUUUAAAAACAAUAUUAAAUCCUUAUGAUACGAAAGCAAUUUUUGGUGAUUUGGAGAAGCUAACUGAACUUCAUGAAGAUUUGUAUAAAGAUUUACUUGAUGCUUUGUUACCAGAAAGUGAAUUAUUUGUGAGUGAAGUGUUUCUAAAGGGCUACCAUCGAUUCCUUAUAUAUGGAGAGUAUUGUGCUAAUUUACCAAGAGCACUAGAAUUGUUGAAAAGUAUUUCCAGUAACAAGGUGGACGUCAAAGAUAUGCUAAAUUUUGAAUGUGAUGAUUGGAAAGGUUUAUGGAGUGAAGGUGGAAAACAUGGACUAAUGGAGAGAAGUGAAGAUUCUACCUGUCAGGCCCAGCUGAAAAAAGGAAGAUUCUUCUUAAAUGACAUGUUGGUUGUUCCAAUGCAACAUGUUUUGAAAUAUCGCCUCCUUCUUGAAAGACUUAGCAGGGAAACUCCAGAUAAUCAUCCUGAAGCAGGUAUUCUCCAAAAAGCAUACGAAGCAAUGGUUGAUGUAAAUAAUUACGUGAAUGAUGUCAAACGUGACCGAGAAGCUCUACAGACUAUUGAAAAAAUUGAGAGUAGGAUUAUUGAUCUUCGAAUGCCUGGAAGUAAGACCCUUAAAGAUUUUGGCCGUCUCCACAAGGAUGAUGAAUUACGAAUAAAGUUUCCAGAUCAAAAAGUUGGAAACAGGUACAUUUUUAUCUUUGACCAAGUUCUGCUUAUAUGUAAAACUCUAAAGAAUGGCACCUAUGCCUGUCAGGAAGCUCUAAAUUUAGCUUCAUACAAAGUUAAAGAUAUGCAAGUUAACUCUCGCUGGGGUCAUCACUGGAGGCUUAUACACAAAAAUGAAAGGAUUGAAUAUGUCAUUCAUGCUCGAAAUGAAGAACAUAAACGUUCCUGGAUGCAAGCUAUUUUAGAAGCAUUAGACAAUAUAGAUCCCGUUGGAGCAAAAAAUAAUGACCACAGUUUUGUGAUGUGUACAUUCGAAAAACCAACAAUGUGUCAUUUAUGUGAAAAAUGUUUGAAAGGGCUAAUAAUGCAGGGUUAUUCUUGUCAUUACUGCAAGCUGGUUGUGCAUAAAUCUUGUAUAAAAGAUGUAGAUACUUGCACUGCUUCUCUUUCACCUUGUAUACUUCGAAGUGAGCUUCCUUCGCCGCCGUUCGCUGGCGUCGUCCACAGAAAAGACGCCGACGACGUUCUUCAAGUGAGGAGGCGCGGGACGUUCAUGCUGCGGAUACGCCCCAAACAUCUAAACAAUGCAACAGCCCCCGAGCGAACGGAAUUCGCUAUUAGUUUGAAAACUGUAACAUCUGUUGCUCAUAUGCUUAUCUUCAAGAAGAUGGCUCAAGGUGUACCUUUCUAUUAUUUGUCUGAAGCAAGAUCCUUUCCUACAAUUGUAGAGCUGAUCGACUUCUACAAACAUUGGCCACUACAAGAAAACUAUGAGGAGUUGGAUGAAGUAUUGAUUUUGCCAUACAACAUCAAUUCUGAGGCUGGAAUUUCUUCAGAGAACUUCAACACUGCAGGAGAGGAAACAGAAGAUGAAAAUGCUGACUAUUUAGAUAUGCAUGGAGCUCACGAAAAAAUUGAGACACAGCAUGAUUCAAGACAUGUUUUUAAUUUUCAGUGUGGUACUUCUGUACUAGAAUUAGAAAAUAAUAUGGGGAUUCAGAGUCCUGGACAGAAGAAAAGUGCUACAUUUGGAUAUGAAACAGAGGAUGACUCCAAUACUUCAGUUUCUUGUCAUCAGGAUUUUGUAUUGUAUUCACCGACUACUCUAAAUUCACAUUGUUCUCGUGAAUACAGUGAACGAUCAACACAGACUGAGAACAGUACUGUGAAUGAAAUAUGCGAAGAAGACAUUGAGAAAUUUGGAGAAUAUGUAGUUGCAGCUUUGAAACUUUUCAAGAAUUCACAUUCUCUUCGAGAACUUACAAAUGAAAUUCGGAAGUCUAUUAAUAACAGGCUUGAUAGUGAACUUGAUAGAGUGUAGAAAAAAAAUUACUAUUCUGUGAGGGAAAUUUCUAUUAUAUUGAAAAUGAAAUUGGUAAAUAAUUAUAUUGCAUUUAUAUUAUUGGAAGACAUUCUAAGAGUGAUGAAAAUGAGAGUCAAAUAAAGAGUAUAAGCAGCCUUACAGUAACUUGAGUGACAAUUCUUCAUCAAUGUUUGUGCUACUUAAACCAGUUGUAGAAUUGAAAGAAUUAUUUUUUCUUUUGUUUUGUAUAUAUCUAAAUUGAUAUUAUUUAUAAUUGUGUAAUUUAAUGUGUUAUUCAUAAAUAAACUAAAAGUAUGAGAAACAUAUAAUCUCAAAAGAAUGGGGAACUUGAAUUAUUUUCCAGGUCAAAAGUUCUUCUUCUUUGUGAUUUGUCAACAUUUGCAAACAUAAAACAGUAGGGGUGGUACUCUGAACAUAUUAUUGCCUUGGAUUGGACCUGUAUAGUGAUGUACCCUUCAUCUGUUGGAAUACUAGUUAAAAACCAAUCUCAGUAGUUGGUAGAUUUGUCAGUAGAGACACAAGGGGGGUGGGGUGAGGGGGGCCACUGCCCCCUCCCCCAAUCUUGGGAUAAAUUUAAAAACAUUAGAGUUAGACAUUUCAUUUUGCGGAUCUUCAAAUUUAUGUAUAAAAUAUUAACUUUCUUC